GCUAGGUCGACUCAAAGUGGUGGCUGUGUAGGCAUCGCUGCAGUAGGACGCUUGCGCAGCUCGCGAUCGCCUCCGGGCGCUGCGGCUUUGGUUCAGGCGCGGCAAGCACACAUGGCCCGCUCGCGCGGCGCCUCCUUCGCCUGGCUGCUGCGGCUCUUCCUCGCAGGCGCGGCCGUGGCGACGCUGGGCCUGCUCUACACGACGCACGCGCAGCACGCUGUGAAUGAUGCGCCGCUCGCCGCGGAGCCGCCGAAGCCGAAAGCACCACUCAAGAAGCCGGACGCCGCGAGCGGCUGCCCGGCGCAGGGCUGCCCGCCGCGCUUCUGGGCGCCCGUGUCCAUCGCCGGCGUCGAGCACGGCGACCCGCGCGUGUCGCUCUGCAAGCUCGCCUUCGAUACCUAUUGGAGGGACCCGAGCAAGACGCCGAUGUUCCGCGACCUCGCGUCUGCCUCGAGAUGCGGCCGCGGCCGCGCCGGAACGCUCAAUACGUUGUAUGAGGACAUGCGGAAGAAAAAUAUUAAACCGGUCAAACCGUCGGGUUUUGUGUUUCACGAGAGCCGCGUCGGUUCCACUCUUGUGGCGAACAUGCUCGCCGCGGUGCCCACGAAUAUUGUCUACUCCGAGUCGGCGCCGCCGCCCGCGGUCCUGAACCACUGCCGGAGCUGUAGUAAGCAGCGGAAGACGGACAUCCUCCAGAAAUUGAUAGCUUUGAUGGGCGCGUCCCCAACGAACUACCACACGCACCUAUUCUUCAAGUUCCAGUCGGCGACGGUCCCCAACAUUAGGUCUCUCUUGGAUGCCUUUCCCGAGACGCCGUGGUUGUUUGUUUAUAGGGAUCCCGUGCAGACAAUGAUGAGCCACUUCAAGAACGGCGUCGGCAACGGGCCCUGCCUCAGACAGCGGCGGAGCCCGCCGCCGGCGACCAUCAAAAUAUUGAAAGCGGAGUCGGCCGCGAAGGCAUCCCGGACGUCGCCCGAGAACUACUGCGCGGCGCACCUCGCCAUGCUUACAUCGUCGGCGCUGGACGCCGAUGGGAGUUCCGACCGUGGUUUGCUCGUGGACUACGCGUCCAUGCCCGGCGCGCUCGAGGCCUACGUCUUCCCGAAGCACUUCGGGCUGAGUUUAGCGCCCGAGGAUGCGUUGAGGACGCACGCCGCGUCCUCGGUCUACUCCAAGGCGCGCGGCGGCCGCAAGGCGGGCGCCUGGGAGUCGGACAACGAGAAAAAAGAGCGGGCCGCGACGCCGGCGAUCAAGAGCGCCGCGGCCACGUAUUUACAGCCGACGUUUGAGCGGGCGCGUCAAGCGACGCUGUCGCGGACGGGCGGCGACGACCUCGUGCACUUCCGCGACUUCGCACCUUAAAAAUACAUGUAGUUACUAUG